AUGGGAAGUGAUCAGCGCAAUAUUCCUAGUAAACCCCGUUAUGAUAUUACCAUGUCUAGGAGGACAAGAAAGCCAUUGAUGAAUCUCAAAGAAGCCAGUCAAAAUCCCACAACAGGCUCACCAGAAGAAGAGGGUGAUGCUGAAGAUGUACUUGUUGAUCAUGAUCAAGGAGCAGAGAGCUUUCCUAAAAAAGCUGAUUAUGAAAAAGAUCGUAAAAGAAGCUUGAAGCAACUUAUAAUCAAGAACGCAGGCAAGGAAAAAAGUGAAGUAACCAAGCUGGUGGAGGAGGAAACAAGGGGCGGUGGAGAUGAUGAAAAUAUGGAGAGCAAAUUAUUGUUUGGAAGCAGAAAUUCUCUUGGCCAGCAUUUCAAGGGAGAAGAAAAGCAGCAGCUUCAAGUAGUGACAAGAAAACAAAGUAACAACGGAAUGGAAGGGAUGAAGCUGAAAGGAAUGGUGGGUCGCUAUGUCAAAGUGUUAAGCCAUUUGAUCAGGGUCAAGCGUGACACCCACAUUAAUAAUGGAUCCCGGAAAAAGUCAGUUCUCCGGUUGCCCAAGUAA